AGAGCCAGUCGGCUGCGCGUUGCCAAGCCUAUUACACGAGUUUAUUUUAGCAGCCUAUACUUACCUCGUGUUUCCAUAAAAUACAAAUUUAUUUAUAAUAAUAAUAAUAAUAAUAAAUAUAAAUAUUAAAUAAAUAAAAAAAAAUAUAUUUAUAAGAAGUUUCUUUAUUUAAAUUUUAUACGCGAGUGUUUUAUAAUUGUUGACUAAAAAAAAAAAAAAAUUUGUUGGCUGUGGUUAAAAGUGAAUGUGCACUUUUAUAAAUAUAUAUUAAACUGAUACGGAGAUUAACUAGGCGUAGCGAUAUUUAUUGAUUGGUCGGUGUAUAUUAACUUGAUAGAAAGAAGGAUUAAAAAUGGGAGGACGACACAGCAAGAGGUCUAUGGACGUGACAACGACACCCAAAAAAGAUGGAAUCCCCGCAGAGGGUGAUGCACCUGCUGUAGGUGAUGGAAAAUUGGAAAGGAUCGAGGAAGCCGAUGCCAACACUAAACCCACCACUAACGGCGUUGCGCCACAUACAGACGCUCCCGAGGACAAAGAUAAUGUUAACGAGAAGGAGUCUACUACAGAAAAGGAAAAAGAAAAGGAUGAUGACGAUAAGAAAACUGCUGAUGAAUCGAAACCAGAAACUCCAGCCACGGAAUCACCAGUGGAAGGUGAACAAGUAACGACACCUACUGAAGAAACACCCGCGAGUCCUAAAGAAGUAACAUCUCCAGACACUAAAGAAGCUAAGAAGAAGGACAAGACAAAGAAGAAGUGGUCAUUCAGAUCGAUAAGCUUCAGUAAGAAGGACAAGAGCAAACCAGUACGUGAAGACUCACCGAAAAACGGUGACGUUAGCAAAGAAGAACCACUCGCAGAGGGUGGCGAAGAAGCAGAGAAUCCAGAAGCAGUGAGUCCCGCUGAGGACAAAUCAGCCAGCAGUCCAACAGAUUCAGUUCCGGAGUCAAAGACCGAGGAGCCGGCUUCCCCCGCAGCAGCGACCUUGAGUCCCGCUGAGGAGAAGAAAGAAGCACCCUCAUCUCCUGCCCCAACUCCCGCCCCCGAGGCUGUGAAAGAGGAGCCCGAAGUGCCGGUCGAGAAAGUCGAGGUCAGUCCAGGUCCAGCGCUGGCCGUCAAGUCCCCAUCACCACCACCAUCACCAAAAAUUUCACCACCGAUAUGUUCUAUGACUGAGAGGAAAACCACUGAGGACUUUCCCUCCUUUGCUCCCACCAGUCCACCACCUACCCCCAUAGACCCCUCUCCCCUCCAGCAGGCACAGCAGGCUGCCCCAAACGCCACUGCUCUCGCAGAAGCUCUUAAACCCGCUCUUACUAAUAUCGAUUCGCUGCCCAUCACUAACACCACUUCUGACAGUGAAAACUCAUCUAAUCUUCAUGAUAAACUCCCAGAAAACUCCUUCAUUGAAAUCCAAGAAGUUGACAACAAAAUGGCUGAUCUGCCCGAAAUAGACGCCGUUCCUGAUGUCGUUGAAAUAGCUCCCGAUGUUGCCGACAUAGUGGAAGCCGUUCCCGACAUUGCCGAUACAGUGGAAGUCGAGACUGAGGUUAUUGAAGUAGUUCCUGAGAUUGUAGCUGAGACUGAAGUUGUUGAAGUUGAUGCGGUUCCUCCAGUAAAUGCUGUUCCUGAAGUUAUUGAAAUCACUGAGCUGGAAGAAAAAAUUACCGAGACUCCAAAGGUUCAAGAAACUCUAGUGCCUGAAAGUGUUGGAGAAGUUAUCGCCGAAAAUAUUAAAGAAACUGCUGAAGAAGUUGAAAAAGUAUGUGAAAGAUUUGAUUUAAAAAAAGUCACUGAAGAAAUUAGUAACAUCCUUGGUCAAGUUGAAAAAACUAGUGAAGUAAUUGAAGAAGAUUGUGAAAAAAUUGAAGAUUUGAAAGUAAAUGAGGAAAAAAUCACUCAAAAAAUUAAAGCUGCUACUGAUGAGGUAGUUGAAAAAAUUGAAGAGAUAAAAGAAACUGCUGAAGAAAAAAUGGCUGAAAAAAUUGAAGAAACUUGUGAAAAAGUAAAAAAUUUAAUUACCACUACGGAAGAUGUUGCAGAUAUACCUCCUCCGUUACCAGAGUCGCCAAUUCCAGUACCAAAAGCAUCUGCAGAUUUAAUGAACUUUAUUGCAUCACAAAUUUCAGAAGAUUUUGGUUUACAAGAAGAAUUACUACCACCACCACCACCAAUAAGUGGAUUAGAGCAAGAGUUGGACAAUUUACCGCUACCUUUGGAUGGUGAUUCGCUGGCGCUAGAGGACGAUCCGAGUAAACAGGCACUUAGACUGGAUAAAAAUGAAGAAGAAAGAACAGUUAGUGAUAAUGAAGCUCCUAGUCCUUUAAGUCCGACAGAAGACCUCUUGUCACCGCCUGCCAAUCCCAAUCCAUCCGUAGAGUCCUCGCGGGAUAAAGUUAAUGGAUACAAAGAUAUUGAGACGAUUGAAGGAGUCAAUGGAAAUGGACAUGUUGAUGUUAAUGGCGAUGGCGAGUACGAACACGAAUCGGCAACUAAAGACAGUUUGUUCCAGGAUAAUCAUCAGAGCAUACCAGAAGCUGAAGCUCCCGUUGAAAACAACAUAGCUGAAAAAACGGAAACUGUUGAGGAAGAAACUAAAAUAGUACCACCCGUCGUUGAACCUCCAGCAUCACUUGGACCCGCUAUCACUGAAGAUGUUACUUCUGUAACUAAGGCUGUCGAAGAGAUCGAUAUCAAUGAAAAAGCUGUUGCAGCGGCCGUAAACGAAAACAUUGAAGCUGUUAACAAGAAUGAAAUAAUUGCCGAAAUGAAUCAUCAGAACAAUAUCAACGAAUAAGCGUCAUCAUAAAAUUUGGGGAAGAAGAAAAAAAACCUAAAUUUUUUUUCUCUAUUAAAACCAAAAAAAAAACUAAUUAUAUAAUAUAGAUAUGUAUAUUUGGACCAUUCCUGCAAUUCAUAAUUAACAUCAACAACAGCAACAACAAGAUCAACUCAGCUAAUUAAUUAAUUUAAAUAACUAAACAAAAUAAAAAAAGAAAUUGUAAAUCGACAGUUGCCACGAGGAUGCUCGAGCGUUUGUUAUACUUUUGAAUAAACUCAUUCGUACGCCUAAUUAAUUGAUAACUACUGAUUGUAUUUUAAUUGCGGCAUCGAGAAAUUAACGGCAGGAGACGGCGGCGAGUUUUUUUCGAUUUGAUUUAUUUAAAUAUUGUUUAUUUUUUUUUUUUUUUUUAACCAACUU